AUGUUGAAGUUUGGUCUCAGAGUUUACUUUCAAAACAAUUAUUUUUUCGAGUUUAAGUACAAGACUUCAUCACGUCAAGUUUCAGAAGAUCAGACUAAAAUGGAAACCUUUCCUGUUCUCUGUUUGAUAUAUUCAGCAGCUUUUGCAUUGUGUCUUGUCGCUUCUGCUCUUGCACAAGACCAAUCAGGUUUUAUAAGCAUCGACUGUGGAAUCCCAAGUGGAUCAUCCUACAAAGACGACACAACGGGCAUAAACUACGUCUCAGAUUCAUCCUUCGUCGAAACAGGAGUCUCCAAAUCUGUUUCCUUCACAGCUCAAAGACAGCUUCAAACCCUUAGAUGCUUUCCCGAAGGUGCAAAAAACUGCUACACGCUGACUCCAAAGCAAGGGAAAGGCAAGAAGUACCUCGUAAGAGCCAGUUUCAUGUACGGUAACUACGACGGAGAGAAUGGUUCUCCAGAAUUUGAUCUGUUUCUCGGUGGAAACAUCUGGGACACUGUCUUUCUCACCAAUGGAUCGGUCGUUGUAUCCAAAGAAGUCGUUUACUUGAGCCAAGCAGAGAGAAUCUUUGUCUGUUUGGGUAACAAAGGCAAAGGAACUCCAUUUAUGUCGACGCUAGAGCUUCGGUUUCUCGGCAACGACAAUACGACGUAUGAUUCUCCAAACGGUGCUCUCUUCUUCUCCAGACGCUGGGACUUUGGCUCUCUUAUGGACUCACCCGUCAGAUACGAUGAAGACGUGUACGAUAGAAUCUGGAUACCUAGAAACUUUGGAUACUGCAGAGAGAUCAACACCUCGCUUCAUGUGACCUCAGACGAUAAUAGUUACAACCUUUCAAGUUUGGUGAUGAGCACAGCGAUGACUCCAACAAACACAACGAACCCAAUCACAAUGACUUUAGAAAACAGCGAUUCAAACGUUAGGUACUUUGCUUACAUUCACUUUGCCGAGGUAGAAGAUCUUAGCCUCAAACCAAACCUGACCAGAGAGUUCGAUAUCCGAAUCAACGGAGUCACAGUUCAUGCUGCCUUCAGUCCCAAGUAUCGUCAGACAAAUACUUUUGUUCUAAACCCUGAGAGCCAAACAGAUAUUGUGUUUUCUCUUGUGAGAACCUCCAAGUCUACUCUUCCACCAAUUAUUAACGCACUAGAGAUCUACAUCGCAAAUAGUUUCUCUCAAUCUCUUACUAACGAAGUAGACGUCAACGCGGUUACGGGUGUAAAGACAAGCUAUAAAGUGAAGAGAAACUGGCAAGGAGAUCCUUGUUUGCCUAAUGACUACCUUUGGGAAGGACUUAACUGUAGUUAUGAUAGUCUUACUCCUCCAAGAAUCACAUCAUUGAACUUAUCUUCUAGCGAGUUAACUGGUCAGUUAUCGCCGUCCUUCUCCAACCUCACAAUGAUUCAAGAGCUAGACUUAUCAAACAAUGGCUUAAGCGGAGAGAUACCAGAGUUUCUGACAAGACUGAAGUUCUUGAGAGUUUUAAAUCUAGAGAAAAACAAGCUAACAGGUUCAGUUCCAUCCGAGCUAUUAGAAAGAUCAAAGACAGGAUCACUCACCUUAAGGGUUGGGGAGAAUAAAGGACUCUGCAGCGAGAUUUCUUGCGGAAAAAGCAACAAAAAAACACUAGUGACCGCGUUUGCGGCAUCAUUUACAGCAUUGUUCAUUCUCCUGUUGUUGUCUGGUGUGUUUUGGAAGAUCAAGAACCGAAGAAAGAAGUCUGUAAACUCUGCGGUUGUGAAGGCAAAAUCAGAGAACAAGUUACUGUUUACAUAUGAAGACGUUGUGAAGAUGACAAAUAACUUCGGUCGUGUCCUCGGCAGAGGAGGGUUUGGAACAGUCUACCAUGGCUACUAUAACAACCUUCAAGUCGCUGUUAAACUUUUAUCAGAAACAUCAGCUCAGGGAUUCAAAGAGUUUCGCUCCGAGGUUGAAGUUCUUGUGAGGGUUCAUCAUGUAAACCUCACUGCACUCAUCGGUUACUUCCACGAAGCUGAUCAAAUGGGGUUGAUCUAUGAGUUCAUGGCUAAUGGAAACAUGGCUGAUCAUCUCUCUGGAAAGUAUGACGGUACAUUGAGCUGGAGACAAAGGCUUCAGAUUGCACUCGAUGCAGCACAAGGUCUUGAGUAUCUUCACUGUGGAUGCAAACCUCCUAUAGUUCACAGAGAUGUGAAGACUUCGAACAUAUUGUUGAACGAAAAGAACAGAGCUAAGCUUGCGGAUUUUGGACUCUCGAGGAGUUUUCAGACAGAGAGUCGAUCUCACGUAUCUACUCUUGUCGCUGGAACUCCUGGAUAUCUCGAUCCGCUAUGCUUUGAGACAAAUGGGCUAAACGAGAAGAGUGACAUUUACAGUUUUGGAGUUGUUCUGUUGGAGAUGAUUACGGGCAAGACUGCGAUCAGUGAGUCGCAGAGGAAGCGUGUUCAUGUGAGUGAUUGGGUGAUAUCGAUCUUGAAGUCUACUAAUGAUGUGAACAACGUUAUAGAUUCCAAAAUGGUCAAAGAUUUUGAUGCGAACUCUGUUUGGAAAGUUGUGGAGCUUGCGCUGGCGUCUGUUUCACAGAACGUUUCUGAGAGGCCAAACAUGCAGCAGAUUGUUAGAGGACUGAAUGAGUGUCUUCAAACAGAAGAGUGUGACAAGAAUUAUUGAUGUCAACACCACAAGUGUGUAGAAGUAAAGGGGUUGGAAAUGUAAAAUGUGGAAAAUUUGGGGGUGUUUUUGUAAGUUUGUGCUGUGACAAGAAUUAUUGAUGUCAACACCACAAGUGUGUAGAAGUAAAGGGGUUGGAAAUGUAAAAUGUGGAAAAUUUGGGGGUGUUUUUGUAAGUUUGUGCUGUGUAUCUUAAAGCCCUAAAAUAGUUGAAUAAUGAGUAAUUCUCAUGUUGUGACUUGUGAUUCAAGCUUCUUAGCAGAUUGGUUCUCUUGUUUGAGGGAUAGGAUAAAUCUACGGUGUUACAUUGCAGUUUUGAAAGCCCAUAUAUCAAUUUACCGGGCCGGCAAUAAAAGUUUUGGAAGCCCAUAUGGUUUGCUUUCAAGAAACAAAGGAAGAAAAAAAAAUGAGAGGAGAAAAGAAGAUGGUGACAGGGAGACAAAGACCAAAGCAGCAGCGUGGGGACCCCACGUACCUUUUGAAGAAAACGCUGAUUCAUUUGGACUUUUGAGACGCACGGUCUGUGCCGCUGUCCCUACAAAUCUUCUGUUUAACUCACGCGAUCGCUCACUCCACGGCUUCGUUUUCAAAACGUGCUUUUUGUUAUCGCGCAGCGUGAAUGAUUCACAGCGCGAGUUCAGUUUUCCGUGCAUGCGCGCGCGUCUCGCGAGCGUCUAUCUCUGAUUUUGGGUUGACGUCAGAUAAAUCUAAUUUUGUCUUACUUGUAAAUUUUAAAAUAAAAACUCUUGAACACAAAAACUUCGUAAACAUAUAUAGUAUGGGGCAAAGAUAAUACUCAGUGCUUGUGAUUAAUUAACAGAGAUUAAUGUUCCAAUUGUAUUAGUAUGAUUACGUGUAUGUGUAUGAUAUUUCUAAACAAUCAUGGUAGAAGUUAAGUAGUACAUUGGUUGAGAAUUGAUGAUAUUAUGUGCAAUGGAUUUGAUUGAUUGAUUUAUACAUUUGUACUGAUAUGUCAACAACUCCGAGACUUGUACUGGCUGUGUGACUAGCUAGAGUCCGAUGCGUUAACCUCUUCUCUGGCUGAUAGCUUUAUUGGUUAAUUUCAAAGAGAAGAGAACAAAAUUCAAAUGUUACAAAAAAAAAAAAGAACAAAAUUCAAAAGAAAGAAAAGGGCCAAAAAGUGGAAAGGGUUGCACAUAGAUAGAAUUGGUCAAAUAUUUAGACAAAAGCUCAGUGAAUAACCUACCAAAUGUCACUGUCAAACUAGAAAAAAAAAAGUUAUAAUAUUCAGUCUGUAAUGAUAAUAAUGAGUGAUGUUGAAAAUAAUAAAAGCCAAUUUUACCUGGGACUGAUAUGACUACGACUACGACGACCUCUCUCCAUCCCCAUAGGUUGUAUAAUAGCUGUCAGAUUAUGAUAGAAAAAUAUCAAAUGGUUACCACGAGAGUAGUAUCAUCAUUAGGGAAUUUAAUUUCUUAUUGGUAUAGUAAGUAGUAGUCCUAAGUAAUAAGGAGUAGUGAUUUUUUAUUUAUUUAUUUUUAUAUAAGUAGUGAUUUUUUUUUUUUUGAAGAACUUAUAUAAAUAGUGAUUAUAGUGGAGUAUUCACUGUUUUUUCUCAACAGUUGAAGACAUUUUUAAAAAAUCAACGUGAAUAUUAAUGUUUUCGUAACUUUGAUAGAUUGCUAAAUGUCAAACACAGUUUAGUUAUUCCGGGUGAAACAAAAGGCAACUAGUCUUCUCGAUUAGGAAGUAUAAGUCUUUUACUCUUUAGUCAUCUGUUACAACUUCAACCAUUAAAAAUAGUUUGCACAUUUGUCAAAUGGUAGGUGGUAGAUGAUAAUGUUGAAGAUCUGAUUUAUACAAGGUAACUACUCCAUCGGAAAUUUCAUUGAAGAGUGGUGUCUAGAGAAGGCAAAUGAAUAAUGUAUGGAUUGUAUAAAAAUUAUGGGACAUCAUUUAAAUCUGAAGCCCUAUGCAUGCAACUGAAGAUAUACAAUCCCAACGUCUUUAUCCAACCUCUGGUUUGGGGUUGAGACUUUUAGGAAUAAACUAACUAACUUGCUUUGAUAAGUCCAGCUCAACAAAAUUAUAAACCACCACAAGUUUGAAACUAGCUACUAAUCUAAAAAACUUAGCAUAUACUAAUAUGUAUCUAAAUACGUUAUAUUUGCCGACAAAAUGUCAUUACUUGCCCCCACAAAUUUUUUUUUUUUUUUUUUUUUUUUAACCGUGGCGAUCCGGCAACCGAGGUCAACCGACUAAUCCCACCAAGUCUGCAACAGCCACGUAAUUUCCUCCCCAUGAAUUAGUAUGGAGGGCCCGGGUAACCAACACGAUUCGAACAGCCCCACAAAAAUGUUGAGAGGAAAAAGACAUAUAGAAAGCAGUUCCAGUUCCUUUCUAUAUUUCUUUCGUUUGGUUUUAGCAUUCACAGAAUCAAAGACACAGUUUCUUCUUCUUCUUCUCUAUCUCUCUCUUUUUCUAAAGAAACGAGUUCAUUUUCACUCAAGCCUGGGAUCUUCAUCAAGAACUGAUUUCGCGUUACAGCACGAUCAUGAACGCCAUUAACGAAGGAAAAGACUGGAGUAUAUACUAAAUACCAGUUAGACUGAGAAAA